GUGUGGGGGAGAGAGAAAAAAUAUUGGAGAGAGAGAGAGAGAGAGAGAGAGAGAGACCGACUUUUGGCUUCCCCUUCCUUGAAUGCGCUUUGUCGGAGGUCUCUCACCAUCUCAAUCGUUUCAAAGCGGCUUCUCUGUCGCACUACUCCACCGCCCUUCCCUCCCUCUAGGGCUUGCUUUCUAGGGUUAGGGUUCGUGCUUGAUUCAAUUCAGAAUUUAAACUGGAGAACUAAAUUUAGAGGGUGGCGAUAUGACAAUGGCUGAGCGGAAGAUUAUUGACUUAGACCAAGGAUGGGAGUUCAUGCAGAAGGGGAUCACAAAACUCAAAAACAUUCUAGAAGGGCUUCCUGAAACGCAAUUUAGCUCGGAGGAUUAUAUGAUGCUCUACACAACCAUCUACAAUAUGUGUACUCAAAAACCUCCUCAUGAUUACUCUCAACAGCUAUAUGAUAAAUACCGAGAGUCCUUUGAAGACUACAUCAUUUCAACGGUUUUGCCAUCUUUGAGAGAGAAACAUGAUGAGUUUAUGCUAAGAGAGCUUGUAAAAAGGUGGGCCAAUCAUAAAGUUAUGGUGAGGUGGCUUUCCCGUUUCUUCCACUAUCUUGAUCGCUACUUCAUUGCUCGGCGUUCGCUUCCUCCACUCAAUGAAGUUGGAUUAACUUGCUUUCGUGAUUUGGUGUAUCAGGAGAUAAAUGUUAAAGUGAGGGAUGCUGUAAUCUCUCUGAUUGAUCAAGAGCGAGAGGGAGAACAAAUUGACCGAGCCUUGUUGAAGAAUAUUAUAGAUAUUUUUGUUGAAAUUGGAAUGGGGCAAAUGGAUUGUUAUGAAAAUGAUUUUGAGGCAGCAAUGCUUAAAGACACUGCUGCUUAUUAUUCUCGUAAGGCUUCAAAUUGGAUUCUGGAGGAUUCUUGUCCAGAUUACAUGCUAAAGGCUGAGGAAUGCUUAAAACGGGAGAAGGAUCGGGUUUCUCAUUACCUACAUUCUAGCAGUGAACAGAAGUUGUUGGAGAAAGUGCAACAUGAGUUAUUAUUUGUAUAUGCAACUCAGUUACUUGAGAAGGAACAUUCUGGAUGCCAUGCCUUGCUUAGGGAUGAUAAGGUGGAAGAUCUGUCAAGGAUGUAUAGACUCUUCUUCAGAAUACCUCGUGGUUUAGAUCCAGUUGCUAAUAUUUUUAAACAGCAUGUUACUGCUGAAGGUACUGCCUUGGUGAAACAAGCAGAAGAUGCAGCAAGUAACAAAAAGGCAGAAAAGAAGGAUGUAGUUGGCUUACAAGAGCAGGUUUUUGUGAGGAAAGUAAUUGAGCUGCAUGACAAGUACCUGGCAUAUGUGAAUGAUUGCUUUAUGAACCACUCUCUUUUCCACAAGGCACUCAAAGAGGCAUUUGAGGUCUUCUGCAACAAGGGUGUUGCUGGAAGUUCUAGUGCAGAACUACUGGCUACUUUCUGUGAUAACAUUCUCAAGAAGGGUGGAAGUGAAAAACUGAGUGAUGAGGCCAUUGAAGAAACACUGGAAAAGGUUGUAAAGUUGCUUGCUUAUAUCAGUGACAAAGACCUCUUUGCUGAGUUCUAUAGGAAAAAGCUUGCACGCCGACUUCUUUUUGACAAGAGUGCUAAUGAUGAUCAUGAGAGGAGUAUUUUGACAAAGUUGAAGCAGCAGUGUGGUGGACAGUUCACAUCAAAGAUGGAAGGGAUGGUCACAGAUUUAACAUUGGCAAGGGAAAAUCAAGCCAACUUUGAGGAGUAUCUUAGUACUAACCCAAAUGCAAAUCCUGGUAUUGACUUGACUGUUACUGUGUUGACUACUGGAUUCUGGCCAAGUUAUAAAUCAUUCGACCUCAACCUUCCAGCAGAGAUGGUAAAAUGUGUUGAAGUUUUUAAGGAAUUCUACCAAACAAAGACCAAACACAGAAAACUUACGUGGAUAUAUUCAUUGGGUACUUGCAACAUUAAUGGGAAGUUUGAACCCAAAACUAUGGAGCUAAUUGUGACGACUUACCAGGCCUCUGCCCUGCUGCUUUUCAACGCUUCAGAUAGAUUAAGUUACUCAGAAAUCAUGACGCAGUUAAACUUGACGGAUGAUGAUGUAGUUAGGUUGCUUCAUUCCUUAUCAUGUGCAAAAUACAAGAUUCUUAAUAAAGAGCCAAAUACCAAAACCAUCUCCCCAACCGAUUGUUUUGAAUUCAAUUCCAAGUUUACUGACAAGAUGAGGAGGAUAAAGAUUCCACUCCCUCCUGUGGAUGAGAAGAAGAAGGUCAUUGAAGAUGUUGAUAAGGAUAGGCGAUAUGCGAUAGAUGCCUCAAUUGUCCGCAUCAUGAAGAGUCGAAAAGUUUUGGGGCACCAGCAGUUGGUGAUGGAAUGUGUUGAGCAGCUAGGCCGCAUGUUCAAGCCUGACUUCAAGGCAAUCAAGAAGAGGAUAGAAGAUCUGAUCACCCGAGAUUAUCUUGAGAGGGACAAGGACAACCCCAACAUGUUCAGAUACUUGGCUUGAGUCGAAGUGCUGUAUGUUGAAUUGGAGUAAUUCAUGAUUUGGAGCUGCUUCUGUAUGGAGGUGGGAUCUGCUGGCAGUAGUUCCAAAGAGUUGUGGUGCUGUUGGAUGUGUCAGAGUACCAACAUAGUUGGAAUGCUACCUCUGCUGCAUAGCCUGUCUAGGUGAUAUAGAUAUACUUGGGACCAGGAGUGAGGUUUCUUGUAAAUUUUGCUGUAACAUGAAUAUUGGGUAACCACUUCACUUGCGUUGAAGAAAAAGGGAAUUAUUAUGGGGCAGUGCCGCAUCAGCCAGCUUUUGUGCCACGGGAAUCCCCUUGCUACUACUUCGAUGCUUGUUUAUUAAUUUUCCCCCUGCCCCUGCAAUUGUAAUAUUUUGAUGACUCAGAUUUCUUUCUAUUUUCCAUGUUCAGGAACUGUUUUGAAAGAGUUGUUAUUGCCCAUGAAUGCGAACACUAUUGUUCUUUACAAUUUCUCUGGAAUUGAAAUGCUAGAGGGACCAAAUGCUUCAAUUGCAUGUGCUCAA